UUUCAAACGCCGGAAAUCGGAAAAGUCUAAGGAAAUGCAGAACUUUUCAAGCUCGACGCACCAUAAACUUAAAACCAGUUCCAGCUCCACAAGUUCCAGCACCACCCAGUCCGCCCACCGGCUCGAGGGCCACAGAUUGAGCCACCGAGCUAGCCCGGCUCCGUCUCCGUCUGCAAUAUGAUGGAACGUCUGUCCACGCACCUGUCGCUCACCGGCCUAUCGCUCGCUCACCCCCUUCAGUCGCACCUGAGUUCCGGCAGCGGAACGCAUCACCUUGGACAACUGGCGGCGGCGGUGCAGCAGCACCACCAGCACCACCAGCAGCAGCAACAGCAGCAGCAGCAGUCGGAGCAGGUCCUUGGUCACUCGCACCACCUGCACUCGGGCCAGCAGCUCUCGCUGGGCCACCACCACGCCCACCAGUCGCCGCAGCACCAGCAGCAGCUCCAGCACCACCCGUGCAGCAGCAACAGCAGCAACGGGUCGCCGAACGGUUCCGCCGGCCUGAGCCUGCACCCCCACUCGGCGCUCCACCUGGCGCACCACCACCCGCAGCUGCACCAGCACCACUCCUCGGGCCAGCAGACGCAGCAGCAGCAGGGCAGCCAGCCGGCGGUCUCCUCCUCCUCCGGAUCGCACCACAGCCAGUCGCUGUCGCUGUCCCACCAGCCGCACACCAGCAACGGAAGCUCACAGCUGGGCGGCGUAGCAGGCGGCGGAGCGGGCUCCGGCUCUGGAGGAUCAUCCAACAGCCACCACAGCGCUCCGGCGUCCAGCAGCGUGAUGGCCGCUGCAGCAGCCGCCCAUCUGCACCACAAUUCGCAGGCGUCGCCCAUCAGCAAUCUUCAUCAGAACAUGGGCAGCCUCAUGAACAGCGGCAGCAGUGCCAGCGAUGUAUUUUUCAGCCUGAUGAUCCAAAACACAACGAAACGUCAGAACGAGGAGCACAUUAAGAGACCCAUGAACGCUUUUAUGGUGUGGUCGCGACUCCAGCGACGCAAGAUAGCUCAGGAUAAUCCAAAAAUGCACAAUUCUGAAAUAUCUAAGAGACUGGGUGCCGAGUGGAAGCUGCUCACCGAGGAGGAGAAGCGUCCGUUCAUAGACGAGGCCAAGCGCUUGAGGGCCAUGCACAUGAAGGAGCAUCCGGACUACAAGUACCGACCCAGGCGCAAACCGAAGGCUCUGAGACGUGAUGGCUAUCCCUAUCCCAUGCCAUAUCCUUCGGUGCCAGUGGAGGCGUUAAGAGCGGGCAUUACGCCCGGUUACUUUGCGCCCGGUCCCACAGCGGCUGCCUAUCACCUGGGCAGCCAUCUCGGCCAGACAUCGACGCCGACCACGACGCAGGCCACCCUGUCAGGUCAGAUGGACAAGUUCGCCUUGGAGCGCAGCUCGUAUCUCAGCAAUUCGACGCAGGCGAGUGCCGCGGCCUACAGCGCCUAUCUGGAUCCCAGUGUCCUGACCAAGGCGUACUUUGACUCCAAAAUGUACCAGGAUCGGGCGGCCAACUAUGCCUUUGACAUAUCCAAAAUCUACGGCGCCCAGCAACAUGCAGCAGCCCACCAUCAGCAGCAGCAACAGCAGCAGCAGCAACAGCAACAGCAGCAGCAGCAACAACAGCAGCAACAAUUGCUGCUCGGCGGCAGCGGAGGAGGCGGUGGCGGUGGCGGUGGCAGUGCCAGCUCGCACAACAACAACAGCAGCAGCGGACUGGACGACCGCGAUGCCACUCCCCAGCUAGAGGCGGGCGGCAGCAUUGUGGUGGAGGCCAAGCCGCACCUGCACUCGCCCAGCGACGUCGGCCUCGACUAUGCCCAGUAUGCGCAGCAGUAUGGCGGCCAGUUGGCCACAGCAGCGGCGGCGGGUGGCUCUGUCGGGGGAGUUGGGGUGGCUGCCGGCACCGGAAGUGGGUCAGGGGGUGGUGGCGGCGGUGCUGCAGACUUCCGGCGACCUCUGACGGUGAUCUUCUGACCACCAUCUUCCAAUGGCAGCGAGGAGUUAAACUUGUCCAUGACCUAGGAAAAGCUCACAAAUUAAAAGGUGGCAAGGCAAGAAUAUUGAAAGCCCGACCUUGGUAAUCAAUUUUAAUCAA